CACCUGUCCCAUCUUGUUCCCAUCCCGCGUUUGCCGCUUGCAGUCGCAUCAAAUUCCCUCGUGGCCUGCUCAGCUGUUAAAGCGGCUCUUGAUCGUCCUGGGGCUUUUCAAGGCAGAUAGUUUUAAAUUCCCCCUCCCCUGCCGGGAUCAGAGUGGACAGAAUCGCCACCUUAAAAUAAAAUGUACCGUUUGUCUUUAGAGUAAUUUUGUAGGAGCCAAAAAUCAUCCUCUUGGAGGGCAGGGUACGUCCUGAGGAUUUGGGGUCUUAACUUCUGAGAGCAUGGAGGUUGGUGUGAUGGAGGCAGUUCCUCUAAGGGGAAGCUGGUCUAGAUGGAGGAGAGAAAGCGUUAAAGGUCCACGAGAUAUAUGUGCAGUGGGUCCUUCUGCCCACGGCAGCCCUUUCGACUGCCCUUUGCAACUUGUGUCCUUUGGGUUUUAAUUUAAAUGAAUUGCAUGCAGGAGCUGGCAGCACAUUGUGUUGUUGCAAAGGGAUUUCUUAUCCAACUUCUUUUCUCUUUGAAGGCCUCGGUCGGCAGGCAGAGUCCACGGGUGGUGCCGUACCCAGCCCACAACCUAUGUCCCGGAGAGCCUGGCCUCCAGACUGCAGCAGUUGUGUCCAUGGGCUCAGCUGACCACCGAUUCAACCUUGCCGAGAUCCUUUCACAGAACUAUGGUGUACGAGAAGAGAGGGAUGAGGAAGAAGAUACACAGGAGAAAGAGAAGUCUUUAGAGGAGCUGGAAAAGAGCUUCAGCCCCUCUCAGGUACACACUGCAAGGGAGGAGAAGGGGACUUGUCUGCCAACUGUUUUGUCCUCCUUGACAGUAUUGAAAGCACAGAGCUCCACUGAGGGACAUGAACCAGCACUGGUGGAUCCACUGGAGCUGGGCUUGUGCUUGGUGAUUGUUCCAUUCCUGAUGAAGCUUUGUCCUCCUCUCGCUCAGAGCAGUGAAAUGCCAUUCGAGGAGCUGCUUGCACUUUAUGGCUAUGAGGCAUCUGAUCCCAUCUCGGAGCAGGACAGCGAGAGCAAUGGGAUCUCUCCUCACCUGCCAGACAUGACCCUCGAUAAGGAACAAAUAGCGAAGGAUUUGCUUUCAGGGGAAGAAGAGGAGGAGACGCAGUCCUCGGCCGACGACCUGACUCCAUCCGUCACGUCCCACGAUGCCUCGGACCUUUUCCCAAACCAGCCUGGCUCCAACAACUUCCUUGCCGAUGAAGACAAGGAGCCCUGCUCUUCCCCGUGCGCUUCCUCCAUGGCAGAGGAUUCAGAAGAGGACUCCAUCCCAUCCAACGAGUGUAAGAAGGAGAUCAUGGUCGGUCCUCAGUACCAGGCUGCAGUCCCCAUCCUCCAUUUACAAAGGCACAGUGAAAAAGUCUACGAGAACGAAGAUCAGUUGCUGUGGGACCCCAACAUCCUGCCCGAGAAGGAGGUGGAAGAGUUCCUGUACCGAGCGGUGAAGCGGCAGUGGGACGAGCUGGCCAGCAUCAGCCUGCCCGAAGGAGAGAUGGUGAAGGACAACGAGCAGGCUCUGUAUGAGCUGGUGAAAUGCAACUUCAAUGCGGAAGAGGCUCUGCGGAGGUUACGCUUCAACGUGAAGGUCAUCAGAGAUGAGCUCUGUGCCUGGAGCGAAGAGGAGUGCAGGAACUUCGAGCACGGCUUCCGGGUCCAUGGGAAGAAUUUCCAUCUCAUCCAAGCGAACAAGGUGCGCACCCGGUCGGUGGGCGAGUGCGUGGAGUACUACUACAUGUGGAAAAAGUCAGAGCGCUACGACUACUUCACGCAGCAGACUCGCUUCGGAAGGAAGAAGUACGUCCUCCACCCUGGAGCCACGGACUAUGCAGAGAACGACCUGGACGGAGGCGAGGUGGAGAACGCUGGCCGGGCCCGGAGCUCGCCGCCCAUUCCCUCUGCUACUAGCUGCCUGGACUCCCACUUCAGCCAGGACCCCCUGGCCAUCGAGAGCACAGAGCCCCUGAGCGUGGAGAGUGCAGCCUGCAGCCUGGGCAGCAUGAGUGAGUCGGGCCAGGGCUACGAGUGCAGCACGCCCUCAGAGACAAACUGUUCCUUCGACCCUGCCGAGGAGCCGGCCUCGAGCACGCGGCGCCCCGGGACCCCCUCAGAGACGGGGAUCUACCCGCUGCCCCCGGCAGGCCCGGACCCGGUGGACAAAGCAGAGACAUUGCAGAGCUCCGGCGAGACGAUAGCCGUGGACUUCACACUCCCCGCAGACAUGGGCGAAGGCUUGCCUUUAAUCGCUGGCCGCGUGGAUUUGGGCACAGCCCCCGAGGCAGUGGUGGCCCCAGCUCAGGUGUCCUUAUCGGUCACGGAUUUCAGCAUCAUCGGCAUUGGGGAUGUGAAUAGCUUCCUAGCAGCUCACCAGGCCUGCCCAGCGCCCGUGGCCCAGUCAGAGCCAUUGUCACAGUGAGCCUCCGCUCACAAGCAUGUCACAGAUGGAGCUGGGACCUGGACCUCACCGAGUGAAUUCCUUGGACCUCUCUGUUUCACGGGGACACUUGAGAGCCAUCGGUCAGAAUCCGUCUUUCCACCCUCCGUGAUCCACAACCGGACACCUCUUUGCUCUCGUGCUCGUCAACAGGGGAGGUUUCAGUGGGGGGAGUCAGUGACGCCCCCUCCCUGCCCAUGCAUCGCCACGGGCAGCACUAUGCUGGUCAGACGGCCCCUGCCCUCCAGGCAGAGGAGGGGGCUGUCGCAACAGGGGACACAUCGUGGGCAUUUUGGGGGUGUCACUGGAGCUGCAGGCGCGCAGGAAGCAAGCACAGGCAGAGCGGGGGCCGUCCGGCUGCCGGGCCGGGCGCUGGUCCCAAAGGCAGUCCCUGCCGCGUUCUGUGUUGCAAUAGAAGUGCUUCUCUCUCCCCAUCCUUCCCGAUGGCAGGACCGUGCCUGUUGGUCUGUUGGUCCCAGCAGCAGGCGUGCGUGUCCAGCUGUUUGUCCAGCCCCCACACUACCAGGGCUAGAUGAGGCAUAGCCUGUCCCUACCCACUGUGGGGAAGGCCUCAGCCCAUUAUCAGGGGCAGUUGUACAUUGCCCAGUUCACCUCCCUUCCAAUACUUACUGGGGCCUAUGCUGUGGAGAACCUGGAUCCAGGGAUAAAGCUGGGCUGCUAACAAGAGGAGUCUGUAGACAGACUGCUGGAGUCACGCUAACCCAGUGCUUGUGAGCCUAUUGCUGCAGUGGACAGCACAGCCGGCCCCGUGGAAGGGUUAAACUGAGACAAGCAGCCUGCAGAUGUGCCCAGGUGGCUCCAAACUGGUCUGUCUGGGGAGAAAGCAAGGGAAAGGGCUGGGAAAGGGGGUGCGGUGAUUGAGUUGGCUCUUGCUCUGCCUGUCCAAGGGCUUAAAGUUGAGUAGAAGAGACGGGGCAGGGGGCACGGCCUCUGCGCACAUAGCGUGUGCCCCAUCCUGUGCCAGGCGUGUCAAACCCAGGCGCUUCUCUAGGGUGAAACCGGGGUGCACACCCAUGCACCUCGAAGGAGUACGGAGCGCCCAGCCCUGGCAGGAUGCCUUGUGUGCCUGGGCAUCUUCUCUGCCCCUGUGUGCCAGCGUGUGCACGUGCCGCAGGCAGGGAGGCUCAGCCGUGGGGCAUCGAUGCUGGCAAACCCUGCACUGAUUCCUGGCACGGGACCUGGGCUGGAGCCUGCCUCAGCCCCAGGGCUCCCGAAUGUGACAAGGAAACUCUGAUGUCCUAAGAGAAAGGGAUGUGUUUGCUGCCAGGGCCUUGCCAAGGUGGCAGGGACUCCGGGCCCUGUGCAGAGUGCCAAACUGGCCCAGGUGCCUGGUGUGGGGAGCCCAGGUCCGGGGUGUGCUGCUGGCUAAAGCCUCUUCUCCACUUCCUUGUGAGCACCCUCCCCACCCUCAGCCAGGGACCGCUGCCUCCCCACCUGCCGUGCGGGCCUCCAACCCGAUCCUCCCGCCGCUCUCCCUGCACGCGGGUUUCUUAAUCGCUGCCUUCAGGUCUCGGCCUGGAGCCAGCCUUGCUCUGAUGGAUUUAAAUGCAGUGACACGCGAGGGGCCCGGAUCUAUCUCCACGCGAGGAGGGGGGCACAAAGGGCGCCGAGUCGCAGCAUGUUUGAUGCCCAGCUGGGCGUCAAGUCGGACCCUGUCUCCUAUCUCAAACCCCGCAGCUCUGCAUGGGGCCGGGGCACGACUCAGCUGAGGGAUGUCACACUCCAAACCCAGCCGACUGCAUCGGCCGGACGUCGGGUUGUGAGACUCGCCAGCGUCCAAGGCCGGGAGUAGGAAGCAAAGGUCCUUCCCUGAGCCCGGACCCUCUCUCCAGAGCCUGCCCUUGCUGAAGGGAGACGGGGCAAGCAACCGGGGCAGGGCACACGGGGCACCCCGGUGCCCUCCCGGGUGGGUGCAGUGGCCCACAGCUCCUCCGCCCGCAGCUCUUCCUCCGGUUCGGUUUGUCUCGUGCCCCAGCGCGGCGGGGAGACAUCUCUUAUUUAUAUCCUUCCAUGUUGUUUACAGCUGCACGUGGGGCUGGAUCGGGAGCGCGGC